AUGCACCAAGGUGAUCACAAGUCUUGGACAAGCGCCAUGGGUAUGAUGACUGCUCUCAACUUGCUGGGAUUCAAAACUGGGCUUACAGUCUUCCAACUGGUAAACAGUCUAGUAUUUCUGGGGUUGGCAAAGAUGCCAGCAUCUGUAGAGGUCGCAGACUGGAUAUUUGAUCAUGGAACACUGGGGGCGUACAGAGGUCUUCAGCACUUGGGUUUCAUCUGCCCUGACCUUGGAUCUGUUCGGUCUGCAUACAUGAUCAUUUACAACCAUCUUCACCAAUUCCUUACAGAGGACGACAAGAAAAUUCUCGGAUUCAGUCCCAUUUUUGUUGAGCAUCUUCUCUGCAAAGUGGUAUGGUGGGAGUCGCGCCUUGUAGAGGGAAAAGUAUGUAGCCUGGAUAAAAUGGCCGCAUCAAUUGACCUACCAGAAGAACAUUGGAUCUCAGGAAAGAAUAAGACAGAUCAACUGGCUUUUCCUUUUCCCUUUUCAUCAGAUCCAGAGGAGUUGAAGAAGACCAUCACAACAAUUAUGAAAAUUCAGUAG